AUGAAUAAUUAUCUGUCCUUUCUCUUCGUGACGCUUAUGAGUGCCUUCAUUUAUACAUGUUACCUGUGUGAGUGCUCCAGCCGCCCUCAUGGCACCGCCACUCGCACCUGCAGACACGUGCACAUAAACGAGCACACAAUCGUCCACACAAACGUGCACAUAAACGAGCACACAAUCGUCCACACAAACGUGCACAUAAACGAGCACACAAUCGUCCACACAAACGUGCACAUAAACGAGCACACAAUCGUCCACACAAACGUGCACAUAAACGAGCACACAAUCGUCCACACAAACGUGCACAUAAACGAGCACACAAUCGUCCACACAAACGUGCACAUAAACGAGCACACAAUCGUCCACACAAACGUGCACAUAAACGAGCACACAAUCGUCCACACAAACGUGCACAUAAACGAGCACACAAUCGUCCACACAAACGUGCACAUAAACGAGCACACAAUCGUCCACACAAACGUGCACAUAAACGAGCACACAAUCGUCCACACAAACGUGCACAUAAACGAGCACACAAUCGUCCACACAAACGUGCACAUAAACGAGCACACAAUCGUCCACACAAACGUGCACAUAAACGAGCACACAAUCGUCCACACAAACGUGCACAUAAACGAGCACACAAUCGUCCACACAAACGUGCACAUAAACGAGCACACAAUCGUCCACACAAACGUGCACAUAAACGAGCACACAAUCGUCCACACAAACGUGCACAUAAACGAGCACACAAUCGUCCACACAAACGUGCACAUAAACGAGCACACAAUCGUCCACACAAACGUGCACAUAAACGAGCACACAAUCGUCCACACAAACGUGCACAUAAACGAGCACACAAUCGUCCACACAAACGUGCACAUAAACGAGCACACAAUCGUCCACACAAACGUGCACAUAAACGAGCACACAAUCGUCCACACAAACGUGCACAUAAACGAGCACACAAUCGUCCACACAAACGUGCACAUAAACGAGCACACAAUCGUCCACACAAACGUGCACAUAAACGAGCACACAAUCGUCCACACAAACGUGCACAUAAACGAGCACACAAUCGUCCACACAAACGUGCACAUAAACGAGCACACAAUCGUCCACACAAACGUGCACAUAAACGAGCACACAAUCGUCCACACAAACGUGCACAUAAACGAGCACACAAUCGUCCACACAAACGUGCACAUAAACGAGCACACAAUCGUCCACACAAACGUGCACAUAAACGAGCACACAAUCGUCCACACAAACGUGCACAUAAACGAGCACACAAUCGUCCACACAAACGUGCACAUAAACGAGCACACAAUCGUCCACACAAACGUGCACAUAAACGAGCACACAAUCGUCCACACAAACGUGCACAUAAACGAGCACACAAUCGUCCACACAAACGUGCACAUAAACGAGCACACAAUCGUCCACACAAACGUGCACAUAAACGAGCACACAAUCGUCCACACAAACGUGCACAUAAACGAGCACACAAUCGUCCACACAAACGUGCACAUAAACGAGCACACAAUCGUCCACACAAACGUGCACAUAAACGAGCACACAAUCGUCCACACAAACGUGCACAUAAACGAGCACACAAUCGUCCACACAAACGUGCACAUAAACGAGCACACAAUCGUCCACACAAACGUGCACAUAAACGAGCACACAAUCGUCCACACAAACGUGCACAUAAACGAGCACACAAUCGUCCACACAAACGUGCACAUAAACGAGCACACAAUCGUCCACACAAACGUGCACAUAAACGAGCACACAAUCGUCCACACAAACGUGCACAUAAACGAGCACACAAUCGUCCACACAAACGUGCACAUAAACGAGCACACAAUCGUCCACACAAACGUGCACAUAAACGAGCACACAAUCGUCCACACAAACGUGCACAUAAACGAGCACACAAUCGUCCACACAAACGUGCACAUAAACGAGCACACAAUCGUCCACACAAACGUGCACAUAAACGAGCACACAAUCGUCCACACAAACGUGCACAUAAACGAGCACACAAUCGUCCACACAAACGUGCACAUAAACGAGCACACAAUCGUCCACACAAACGUGCACAUAAACGAGCACACAAUCGUCCACACAAACGUGCACAUAAACGAGCACACAAUCGUCCACACAAACGUGCACAUAAACGAGCACACAAUCGUCCACACAAACGUGCACAUAAACGAGCACACAAUCGUCCACACAAACGUGCACAUAAACGAGCACACAAUCGUCCACACAAACGUGCACAUAAACGAGCACACAAUCGUCCACACAAACGUGCACAUAAACGAGCACACAAUCGUCCACACAAACGUGCACAUAAACGAGCACACAAUCGUCCACACAAACGUGCACAUAAACGAGCACACAAUCGUCCACACAAACGUGCACAUAAACGAGCACACAAUCGUCCACACAAACGUGCACAUAAACGAGCACACAAUCGUCCACACAAACGUGCACAUAAACGAGCACACAAUCGUCCACACAAACGUGCACAUAAACGAGCACACAAUCGUCCACACAAACGUGCACAUAAACGAGCACACAAUCGUCCACACAAACGUGCACAUAAACGAGCACACAAUCGUCCACACAAACGUGCACAUAAACGAGCACACAAUCGUCCACACAAACGUGCACAUAAACGAGCACACAAUCGUCCACACAAACGUGCACAUAAACGAGCACACAAUCGUCCACACAAACGUGCACAUAAACGAGCACACAAUCGUCCACACAAACGUGCACAUAAACGAGCACACAAUCGUCCACACAAACGUGCACAUAAACGAGCACACAAUCGUCCACACAAACGUGCACAUAAACGAGCACACAAUCGUCCACACAAACGUGCACAUAAACGAGCACACAAUCGUCCACACAAACGUGCACAUAAACGAGCACACAAUCGUCCACACAAACGUGCACAUAAACGAGCACACAAUCGUCCACACAAACGUGCACAUAAACGAGCACACAAUCGUCCACACAAACGUGCACAUAAACGAGCACACAAUCGUCCACACAAACGUGCACAUAAACGAGCACACAAUCGUCCACACAAACGUGCACAUAAACGAGCACACAAUCGUCCACACAAACGUGCACAUAAACGAGCACACAAUCGUCCACACAAACGUGCACAUAAACGAGCACACAAUCGUCCACACAAACGUGCACAUAAACGAGCACACAAUCGUCCACACAAACGUGCACAUAAACGAGCACACAAUCGUCCACACAAACGUGCACAUAAACGAGCACACAAUCGUCCACACAAACGUGCACAUAAACGAGCACACAAUCGUCCACACAAACGUGCACAUAAACGAGCACACAAUCGUCCACACAAACGUGCACAUAAACGAGCACACAAUCGUCCACACAAACGUGCACAUAAACGAGCACACAAUCGUCCACACAAACGUGCACAUAAACGAGCACACAAUCGUCCACACAAACGUGCACAUAAACGAGCACACAAUCGUCCACACAAACGUGCACAUAAACGAGCACACAAUCGUCCACACAAACGUGCACAUAAACGAGCACACAAUCGUCCACACAAACGUGCACAUAAACGAGCACACAAUCGUCCACACAAACGUGCACAUAAACGAGCACACAAUCGUCCACACAAACGUGCACAUAAACGAGCACACAAUCGUCCACACAAACGUGCACAUAAACGAGCACACAAUCGUCCACACAAACGUGCACAUAAACGAGCACACAAUCGUCCACACAAACGUGCACAUAAACGAGCACACAAUCGUCCACACAAACGUGCACAUAAACGAGCACACAAUCGUCCACACAAACGUGCACAUAAACGAGCACACAAUCGUCCACACAAACGUGCACAUAAACGAGCACACAAUCGUCCACACAAACGUGCACAUAAACGAGCACACAAUCGUCCACACAAACGUGCACAUAAACGAGCACACAAUCGUCCACACAAACGUGCACAUAAACGAGCACACAAUCGUCCACACAAACGUGCACAUAAACGAGCACACAAUCGUCCACACAAACGUGCACAUAAACGAGCACACAAUCGUCCACACAAACGUGCACAUAAACGAGCACACAAUCGUCCACACAAACGUGCACAUAAACGAGCACACAAUCGUCCACACAAACGUGCACAUAAACGAGCACACAAUCGUCCACACAAACGUGCACAUAAACGAGCACACAAUCGUCCACACAAACGUGCACAUAAACGAGCACACAAUCGUCCACACAAACGUGCACAUAAACGAGCACACAAUCGUCCACACAAACGUGCACAUAAACGAGCACACAAUCGUCCACACAAACGUGCACAUAAACGAGCACACAAUCGUCCACACAAACGUGCACAUAAACGAGCACACAAUCGUCCACACAAACGUGCACAUAAACGAGCACACAAUCGUCCACACAAACGUGCACAUAAACGAGCACACAAUCGUCCACACAAACGUGCACAUAAACGAGCACACAAUCGUCCACACAAACGUGCACAUAAACGAGCACACAAUCGUCCACACAAACGUGCACAUAAACGAGCACACAAUCGUCCACACAAACGUGCACAUAAACGAGCACACAAUCGUCCACACAAACGUGCACAUAAACGAGCACACAAUCGUCCACACAAACGUGCACAUAAACGAGCACACAAUCGUCCACACAAACGUGCACAUAAACGAGCACACAAUCGUCCACACAAACGUGCACAUAAACGAGCACACAAUCGUCCACACAAACGUGCACAUAAACGAGCACACAAUCGUCCACACAAACGUGCACAUAAACGAGCACACAAUCGUCCACACAAACGUGCACAUAAACGAGCACACAAUCGUCCACACAAACGUGCACAUAAACGAGCACACAAUCGUCCACACAAACGUGCACAUAAACGAGCACACAAUCGUCCACACAAACGUGCACAUAAACGAGCACACAAUCGUCCACACAAACGUGCACAUAAACGAGCACACAAUCGUCCACACAAACGUGCACAUAAACGAGCACACAAUCGUCCACACAAACGUGCACAUAAACGAGCACACAAUCGUCCACACAAACGUGCACAUAAACGAGCACACAAUCGUCCACACAAACGUGCACAUAAACGAGCACACAAUCGUCCACACAAACGUGCACAUAAACGAGCACACAAUCGUCCACACAAACGUGCACAUAAACGAGCACACAAUCGUCCACACAAACGUGCACAUAAACGAGCACACAAUCGUCCACACAAACGUGCACAUAAACGAGCACACAAUCGUCCACACAAACGUGCACAUAAACGAGCACACAAUCGUCCACACAAACGUGCACAUAAACGAGCACACAAUCGUCCACACAAACGUGCACAUAAACGAGCACACAAUCGUCCACACAAACGUGCACAUAAACGAGCACACAAUCGUCCACACAAACGUGCACAUAAACGAGCACACAAUCGUCCACACAAACGUGCACAUAAACGAGCACACAAUCGUCCACACAAACGUGCACAUAAACGAGCACACAAUCGUCCACACAAACGUGCACAUAAACGAGCACACAAUCGUCCACACAAACGUGCACAUAAACGAGCACACAAUCGUCCACACAAACGUGCACAUAAACGAGCACACAAUCGUCCACACAAACGUGCACAUAAACGAGCACACAAUCGUCCACACAAACGUGCACAUAAACGAGCACACAAUCGUCCACACAAACGUGCACAUAAACGAGCACACAAUCGUCCACACAAACGUGCACAUAAACGAGCACACAAUCGUCCACACAAACGUGCACAUAAACGAGCACACAAUCGUCCACACAAACGUGCACAUAAACGAGCACACAAUCGUCCACACAAACGUGCACAUAAACGAGCACACAAUCGUCCACACAAACGUGCACAUAAACGAGCACACAAUCGUCCACACAAACGUGCACAUAAACGAGCACACAAUCGUCCACACAAACGUGCACAUAAACGAGCACACAAUCGUCCACACAAACGUGCACAUAAACGAGCACACAAUCGUCCACACAAACGUGCACAUAAACGAGCACACAAUCGUCCACACAAACGUGCACAUAAACGAGCACACAAUCGUCCACACAAACGUGCACAUAAACGAGCACACAAUCGUCCACACAAACGUGCACAUAAACGAGCACACAAUCGUCCACACAAACGUGCACAUAAACGAGCACACAAUCGUCCACACAAACGUGCACAUAAACGAGCACACAAUCGUCCACACAAACGUGCACAUAAACGAGCACACAAUCGUCCACACAAACGUGCACAUAAACGAGCACACAAUCGUCCACACAAACGUGCACAUAAACGAGCACACAAUCGUCCACACAAACGUGCACAUAAACGAGCACACAAUCGUCCACACAAACGUGCACAUAAACGAGCACACAAUCGUCCACACAAACGUGCACAUAAACGAGCACACAAUCGUCCACACAAACGUGCACAUAAACGAGCACACAAUCGUCCACACAAACGUGCACAUAAACGAGCACACAAUCGUCCACACAAACGUGCACAUAAACGAGCACACAAUCGUCCACACAAACGUGCACAUAAACGAGCACACAAUCGUCCACACAAACGUGCACAUAAACGAGCACACAAUCGUCCACACAAACGUGCACAUAAACGAGCACACAAUCGUCCACACAAACGUGCACAUAAACGAGCACACAAUCGUCCACACAAACGUGCACAUAAACGAGCACACAAUCGUCCACACAAACGUGCACAUAAACGAGCACACAAUCGUCCACACAAACGUGCACAUAAACGAGCACACAAUCGUCCACACAAACGUGCACAUAAACGAGCACACAAUCGUCCACACAAACGUGCACAUAAACGAGCACACAAUCGUCCACACAAACGUGCACAUAAACGAGCACACAAUCGUCCACACAAACGUGCACAUAAACGAGCACACAAUCGUCCACACAAACGUGCACAUAAACGAGCACACAAUCGUCCACACAAACGUGCACAUAAACGAGCACACAAUCGUCCACACAAACGUGCACAUAAACGAGCACACAAUCGUCCACACAAACGUGCACAUAAACGAGCACACAAUCGUCCACACAAACGUGCACAUAAACGAGCACACAAUCGUCCACACAAACGUGCACAUAAACGAGCACACAAUCGUCCACACAAACGUGCACAUAAACGAGCACACAAUCGUCCACACAAACGUGCACAUAAACGAGCACACAAUCGUCCACACAAACGUGCACAUAAACGAGCACACAAUCGUCCACACAAACGUGCACAUAAACGAGCACACAAUCGUCCACACAAACGUGCACAUAAACGAGCACACAAUCGUCCACACAAACGUGCACAUAAACGAGCACACAAUCGUCCACACAAACGUGCACAUAAACGAGCACACAAUCGUCCACACAAACGUGCACAUAAACGAGCACACAAUCGUCCACACAAACGUGCACAUAAACGAGCACACAAUCGUCCACACAAACGUGCACAUAAACGAGCACACAAUCGUCCACACAAACGUGCACAUAAACGAGCACACAAUCGUCCACACAAACGUGCACAUAAACGAGCACACAAUCGUCCACACAAACGUGCACAUAAACGAGCACACAAUCGUCCACACAAACGUGCACAUAAACGAGCACACAAUCGUCCACACAAACGUGCACAUAAACGAGCACACAAUCGUCCACACAAACGUGCACAUAAACGAGCACACAAUCGUCCACACAAACGUGCACAUAAACGAGCACACAAUCGUCCACACAAACGUGCACAUAAACGAGCACACAAUCGUCCACACAAACGUGCACAUAAACGAGCACACAAUCGUCCACACAAACGUGCACAUAAACGAGCACACAAUCGUCCACACAAACGUGCACAUAAACGAGCACACAAUCGUCCACACAAACGUGCACAUAAACGAGCACACAAUCGUCCACACAAACGUGCACAUAAACGAGCACACAAUCGUCCACACAAACGUGCACAUAAACGAGCACACAAUCGUCCACACAAACGUGCACAUAAACGAGCACACAAUCGUCCACACAAACGUGCACAUAAACGAGCACACAAUCGUCCACACAAACGUGCACAUAAACGAGCACACAAUCGUCCACACAAACGUGCACAUAAACGAGCACACAAUCGUCCACACAAACGUGCACAUAAACGAGCACACAAUCGUCCACACAAACGUGCACAUAAACGAGCACACAAUCGUCCACACAAACGUGCACAUAAACGUGCACGCGUUUCCCCCUUUUUGCAUUUCCCCGGAGAGACUUCAUCACAACUGA